AUGAGUUAAGAAGGGUAGAUUUAAUAAGUUUAAGAAUCAAUUAUAUUAAAGAAACCAUCUAGAGUCAUUAAUAGAUAUAAACACAACUAGUUGCUAUAUAAUUAUUUUGUUAUCAGAGAUUUUAAAUCUGCUUUAGAAUUGAUAGAAAAACUCACUUAAGAACAUGGAGAUAUACAUGAAUAUGCAAAUUAAAUAUAAGGAUAUAUUUAUAAGAUGACAGGAUAAUUAUAAAAAUCUACAGAAACUUUUAAGAAGUUUUUAUCAUUUAAUGAAUAAGAUUAGGAAGUCUUAAAAACUAUAGCAAAAAAUUUAUAAUUAGGUAGUGAUUUUGAUAAAAUAUAGAUGGUAGAUUCAAGAGUAGUUUGGAUGUUGCUCAAAAAGCUUUAAAUUUAAAAAAAAAUGAUUGGGAAGUAUUUUAUACGAUUGGAAAUUGUUAUUAUGCAUAAAAAGAUAUUGAUAAAGCACUCAUAAAUUAUAAAAGAGCUUUUGAACUCUCAAUUAAUGAGACAACAUACAAUAGAUUAGGGAAGUUUUACUUAUCCUUAGAAAAGUAUGAAGAAGCUUUAGCAGUUUAUAAGAGUGCUUUAAAUUCCUAACCAUAAAAUAAUGAAAUAAAAGCCUUACUUGGUGUUUUGCUUUUGAGAAUGGGUUAAACUUAAGAAGCUAAAAAAUAUCUCGAAAGUGUUACUGCAACAGAUACAAAAUGUAUUUUCAUCUUUAAAUUAAAUAGCAUUAUUGGGUCUAGGAUCAAUUGUGUAGGAUUAAGAAAACUAUGAUGAAGCACUUAAUUAUUAUAGAAAAUUAAUUGCAAUACAUCCUACAUCAGCAUAGGUGUGGAAUAAUAUAGCAAUGUGUUAUUAUGGUAAAUAAGAAAUUUUAGCAGCCAUUAUUAGUUUGAAAAGGGCUAUUUAUUAUGAUCCAUUUGAGUCUACAAUCCAUUUUAAUAUGGGUUUAGUUCAUCUACAUGAAAAAUAAUAUAUGUCAGCAUUUCAUUAUUUUUAAACUGCCAUUACUCUAAAUCCAGAUGAUUCUUAAUCAUAUAUGUAUUUAGGUAUUGCAUUAAAUAAGUUGAAUGAUUUUUAGAAUGCAUGUCGUUCUUUUGAAAGAGCUUUAGAAUUAGAUAAAGAUAAGUAUAUUAUCAAAUUUAUACUUGAUUAGAGACUAUUUAAUUUAUCUAAAUUAUUGCAUAAUAUUAUUGCAAAAAGGAGAUGAAUCAUCAUAAUAUGCUUAAUAAAUUUUUCGAUAUUUUUGUGAUUUCUAUAAAGAAUAAGAAUAACUCUAUGAUAAUAGAUGCAAAAAAGAACUUAUUCAAGAAUUAAAAUCGCAAAUUUAGAAAUAUCUACGGUCAUGA